AGGUCCUUCAUCCAGCAGGGUCUACCGCCAGGGUUACUGGAUAAGACGAUUGUCCUUGAAUUUUCUUCUGACAGAACCACCAAGGAUGAACCAGAACCGAAAACAGAUAGCUGAAAAGAUAUUAAACCUCACCCUAGAGAUCAUAUACCUGCUGACUGGAGAGGAUUACAUAGUAGUGAAGACAAUAUCUGAUGAGGAUGAAGGAUGGAGCAGGAACCAGAUCCCCAUCAUGAAGCCUCCACCUGACUCACUGAUGAAUGAGAGAAGCAAUGAGCAGAAGAUCCUAGAACUCACCAGUAAGAUCACUGAGCUGCUGACUGGAGAGGUUCCUGUAAGAUGUCAAGAUGUUGCUGUUUAUUUCAACAUGGAGGAGUGGGAGUAUUUAAAAGCAUAUAAAGAUUUGUACAAGGACAUCAUGAUGGAGAAUCACCAGACCCUCUCCUCAUUGUUCACUGUGUUUACUAUGUCCACAGAUGGACUUAGUAUGAAGAAGUUACCAGAUGGAUUCUCUAGUCCACUUAUUGCACACAAUCGUCCAGAGGAGAAUCGCAAUGUCCCACAAGAUUAUAAGAUUGAAGAACUGUCUGAAAUUAAUUAUGAAGUAAUAAUAGAAGAUAAAGAGAUGUCUUUGGAAGCUAGUCAGCCUUGUAAGGAGGAGGAAAAGUCUACAGAUAUCAGCGCAGAAAAAGUACAAGAAGACAUCAUCUACCCAGAGAGGAAUAUAGAGUUCACUAGAUCCCAUAUAAAAAGGGAACCUGCCCAAAACUUGGAGGAUCAUGUAUUUUUAUCUUCAGAUUAUACAGUGGAUUUAUAUUCUGAUCCCACAAAUCACAAAGAAUCUUCAUGUGAUCAGUCACCGAAUGGUCAACAAGUUAAAUCUAAAGGGGGUAAAAUAUUUACAUGCUCUGAAUGUGGGAAGAAUUUCAAGACUAAAUGCAGUCUUUGUAGACAUACAAGAAUUCACAAAAAUGAAAGACCAUUUUUAUGUUCUGAAUGUGGGAAAUGUUUCAUUCAGAGAUCACACCUUGUGCAACAUCAGAAGAAUCACAGAGGGGAGAAACCAUUUUCUUGCUCCGAAUGUGGGAAAUGUUUUACUCAGAAAUCAAGUCUUGGUGGACAUCAAAGAAUUCACACAGGGGAGAAGCCAUUUUCAUGUCCAGAAUGUAGCAAAUGUUUUAACCAAAAAUCAGAUCUGGUUAGACAUCGGAGAAUUCACACAGGGGAGAAGCCAUAUUCAUGCACUGAAUGUGGGAAACAUUUUACUGUGAAAUCACAUCUUGUUGAACAUCAAAAAAAUCACACAGGAGAUAAACCAUAUUCGUGUUCACAAUGUGGGAAGUGUUUUACCCAGAAAGCCUAUCUUGUAAAACAUGAGAUAAUUCACACAAGAAAAAAUGGUUUUCAUGUUCAGAAUGUAGGAAAUGUUUUACCUUGAAAUCAGCCCCCCUUACAUGUAAGAAACAAGACACAAUACUGAAAUCUUAUUGUUCAUCCUGCUACAAAUGCUUUACUCCAGGUUUGAAAGGGUCUGAGUAAAAAAAAAAGAUCUGACAAUCCCUGUAAAUGGUCUACAAUUACAAAAGUAUCAAUACUUUUUUCUCCUACUUCUUAUUCUUCUUCUAGCAAUUCACUUUGGUCCUCCCCGCUGAUGUGAUCUUCCUAUACAGUGCACAGAACAUCACUGCUGUGGCCAGUGAUUGGCUGCAGUGGUGACUUGUGUGCAUGGAACACCACCGCUGCAGCCAGGAAAAUAAACAGCAUCUGAGAGGACUACAGUGAAAUGCAUUGCUGAAGCAGCAGUGUUGCUUCUUUUGUAACGUUAGACCAUAUAGAGGGGCUAAGUUUUUAUUUACAGGGAAUUUGUCAUCAGGAUAAGCUAUCAAUAUCUGAUCGGUGGGUGUCCAACUCCCGACACCCCUACGAUCAGCUGUUUGAAGAGACCACUGUGCUUUGCGGCCUCUUCCUAGGUCAGUGAUGUCACAUUCAUUUGCCAUAUGGCCUAGUCACAGCUGAGGCCCUUUUAUGUGAAUGGAGCUGACCUGCAAUACCAAGCACAGGUGCUAUCCAAUUGAAGACGCUGUGUUUAAUAAGCUGUGAGGAAACCGCAGCACUCACCGGAAUGCCACGGCCUCCUCAAACAGGUGAACGGCAGGGGUACGAGGUGUUGGAGCCCCACCAAUCUUAAAUAGAUAUUGAGAACCUAUUCUGAGAAGAGUCCAUCAAUAUUGAAAACUUCUUUAAAUUAAGUUUUUAUUUUACAGAUAUUUUUAAAGAAUAUUUGGUGAUGUUAUAUUUAACUUUCACAUCACUAUAUUUAAAAAAAAAUUUAAGAAAAGGAUGUGUCACUACCUGGUUUUAACUGGCAGAAAAAAACCUAUAGGUGACACAUUCCCUUUAACUCAGACAACCCCUUUAAAGUGGUAUUCAGGUUUUAACAAGUUAUCCCCUACCUAUAGGAUAGGAGAUAACAAUCAGAUUGGUGGGGUCCUACCGCUGAGACCCCCACGAUCAUGAAAAUGGGGGCUAUGGAGCCCACCUGAAAUGUACGGAGCAGCUCGUCGGAAAAGGGCGCUGCGCUCCGUUCAUUUGGUAAAACCACAUGGUUUUAUCAUUGUUACUGCACUUUUUGGCUGCACAAUGCAUAUAAAACACAUUUUUACUUAUUUCACUAAUAAAACUGAGCAGCCAAAAAACAUCAGUUUGUUCAAACAGUAUAUAAUGAUAACGUUUAGGCAAUCGAACAAAAUGCACCAAAUAAAUUCACCAAUAUCUCAUUUAUUUCCCUUUCUAAAAAUAAUAAAACCUGGCAUAGUACCAUUACUCAGGACAGUGGACUAUGCAGUUCUAACUCAGAGGUUACUCCAUAAGGAACAUAAAUACUAAUGGGACUGUGAAAUACACAGUGAUUAAGAGCAACAGAUGAUAGUGAUUUGGCAGCUGUCCACACAAAAAUCAUAAUAAAUACCUGAUGAUAACAUAUACUGAAUACACACACACAUAAAAUAUCACACAUAGCACUGUGGCUCAGUGGUUAACCCUGCUGCCUUGCAGCACUGGUGCUGGGUUUAAAUCUGACCGAGAGCAACAUACCCAUGGAGUCGUAUGUUCUCCCUGUUUCCACCCACACUCCAAAAACAUACAGAUGCAUAUUGAUUUGGAAUUAAAAGUGCAAGGCCUUAUUUGGGACAGGGACUGGUGUGAACAAAGACAGUCUGUGUACGGAUCUGUGAAAUAUAUUGAGGGCUAUAUAAAUGAUUAUGGCGCACUGAUUAGCACUGGUGCCUUGCAGCACAGGGGUCCUAGGUUCAAACCCGACCAAGGACAACAUCUGCAUGGAGUUCGUACA